AAUGCGUUUUAAAUUCAUGAAAUAAGGCUGCAUGUGGUUCAUUUGUUAAGUUAAUCGGGCUCUGGUUGGAGUUUGAUAAACAUGCAUUUCGAAAUUUUUUAUAUUUUGCUGCUAGUUGUGGUCGUCUCAUUCGACUUUGUAAGAAGUGACGAAAACUAUGACGCUGCUAUCGAUGAUAACGCUGAUGAAGGAGUCGAUGACGAUGAAGGGGUCGCAGAUGACGCUGGCGAAGAUUUAGGUGCUGCAAAUGGUGAUGAUGCGGUGGCAGAUGACGACGCAGUAAAUGAUGAUGCAAUGACAAAUGACCCAGUAAAUGCAGAUAUUAUUGAAGCUGAAGAUGUAAAUCUUGAUUCAGGUUCAGUAUUGGGCGAAUUAGGAGCGCAGACAUGUGUAGGUGGAACAUAUAUCCAGGUCGACUGCAACAUUUGCUUUUGCUACAAAUCAAAUAUACAAGGCUGUACCACAGCUCUUUGCAGUGUACCAGAAAGUAAGGAGAGAUUGUCAAGCAAUCCGGCUAAAAGGCUAACAUUCAAGAAGUUACGCGACCAUGCAACUGGUUGCGUUCCUGGAGAGACGAUAAAACACGAAAAUUGUGAGUGCAGGUGCACCAUACCUAGCGUCCUGACGUGCCCUAAAAACUGCCUUCGAUAGAACUUGAGG